ACAUAUUAUUUAAACAUUACAUUUAUUAUUUCAAUCCAUAAAAACUUGUAAACAUACGCAAUAAAAAUUAACAAGCCUAAUUUCACUCUAUAAUUAGUGUUUUCCUUAGAGUUUUUUGAUUGGAGUUUCCUCAAAGCAUCUUGCUCGUUCAAUUUUUCGGGUUUACGUGGACAAUAGCUUUGUUGACACAAGUUUUUUAAAUCUUCAAAACACAAACCGGAAAACCAUUCGUUAAUAAUUUUUGGAUGCUUCACCAUCAAUUAAAUCUAGUGCUUUUUAUUAUUCAAUUUUAAUAAUUUAUUUGAGUCGAGAGUGGCUCGAUUAAAAAAUUGAAACAUUGUAACGUUCUGUAUUUUAACUCGCGAGUGUGUGCAAAUGACAAAGCACUUGAUAAUAUUGUUUUAGGUAGAAUAAUUAGCACAACAGUUUACUGUUACAAAUAAGAAGAAAUGACACGAAAAAAAACCUUAUUUUUCUUUUUUAUUUAUUACGCAAAUUCAAUCAUGGCGAUCGACAUUCGAGAGUUACAACAAAAAACUCAUCUCUACAAAUCUCAAUUUAAAUCGCAUCCCCUACUUUUAAAUCAAACACAUAUAGGUUCUAAUUUUACUGAACACCUGCCAUUAUCAAAAGGAAAUGUAAAAUUUUCUCCAUUGUAUCGCUUUAAUGCUGCGUUAAAUGACCCGCAGACUUUUUUACUAAGAGCUCAGGAAGCUUUGUGUAGUGGUAAAAUUAGAUGUUCAUCCGCGAAAUCUUUCUUAAAAGCUGUGGGUGACCCCGUGAUCCAUGGAGUCGAUAAUAUGAUAUUAUCAAACAUUACAAAGCAACUGCAGUCCUCCACACUUAAAAUUCAUGAUAGCGUAGCUUCUGCUAUAACACCUCAUGUCGAUACAUUAGAAUUUCAACCAUUUGUGACUCGUUUAGAAAACGCAUUUACUUUUUUAGCUUCACAGUUAGGAAUAGAUGGUUCUAAAGGAGCCGCACCUCCUAUAAUUUCUCAAGCAAGCCACCUUCCAAAUGAUCUUGUUAAGACAGUACUAAGGCGUUCAAAGGAUUUAUCCUUUUACGACUCGAAAACAAUAAGUCAAAUCUGUUAUCGAAUUCAAUUAAAUAUUCCCAUUUGUAACCCUUUUAUACAACGACAUAGCACAGAAAAUUCGAAAAAAUUUCCAGCGUUUUAUAAUGUUCGUGGAUUCAGUAGCAAUGUAACGGAAAAGAAUACUGUAGAGUCUCUUUUUGAUGGUCUUUAUACAUUGGCUGACAUUUCCUCUGAAGGUUCUCCUGUUUAUGUCAAGCAAUUAAGCCUUAACGAGCAAGGAAUCAUGAGGAAUUCGCACCAGGAGGGAGUCACUUCGUUAGUUAUGUGGCAGACACAGCCUCUCACAGGUUCCAUUGUGAAGGCAUUGGGAAUUCACUCCAUUUCGGUUGCUAUUACACCAAACCUUCCGAUAUUAGACUUUAUUUUAUUGGAAACAAAGCUACCCUUUGCUCUUUAUCAGAAUUCCCAUCCCCCAUCCGAUUGUAAUGCGAUUUUCAAAACUCAAUUUUCCGUGCCAUUUUGUAAAUCUUUUGUUUCGAAGUGGAAAAUUUGGAGUCUUAAAGAUUUUCCUUGCACGCUUAAUGUUGCAGAACACAAACACAUUUGUUUAUCUGAGCCGAAGAACGUGACGUUUACAAUUAAAAAUAGCCUGGGAAACAGAUGAACAAAAAAAAACUCUUUUCUUUUCUAACUGAUUAUUAAAACACACGCUUAGUGUGUAUAUGUUUUGAUACAGUUGUAAAACAAUUCAUAAAGUGAAAUGUAUCGCUCGAUUUCGUGUUUGUUUAUUUUAAAAGCCAAUAGUUUUGUUCUAGUAAGAUUUCAGCGUGUUAUGCUAGAAGACUUUGAAAUGAAGCCUUUUUUUUAAUUUUCUUACUCAUUGAACAACAGAAACAAAUAGUGAAGGGAAACAUCAAUUAAGAACUUAAUUUUUUUAAUUUGGAUAUUUUAUAGUUGUGUAAUUUUUUUUUAAAACUUUUAAAUGUACAUAAAAAAAUAACAUUUUAAAGUCUUGUCUCCGCCAUUUUUAAAUGUAUUGAACGAUGCUUCAUGAUUGGAUUUCCUUAUUUUAAUAAAAUGACAGCCAUCUCAAAUUGACGGAAAGUCAAAUUUAUAGAAAAAGUUCUUAACGUACAAAGAAGCAGUUAAUAUUUUUUACCUCCAUUAUUUAUUUAAGAACAUUUAACGAUACACCAAGUCUUUUGACUCUCUCUUACAACUCUUCUUUUUACAAUGUUUCCUGAUAUUUUUGUGUGAUUCUAUACUAAAAUUAGGAGAUAAGCGAACAGAGACGGUACUUGGCACAACAAACA